AUGUUGCUUCUCCUGCUCAGCUGUCUCCUGCCCGAUGCCGAUGGGAAGAGCUGUCUCCUCUGCUGGCCAGAACUGCCUGCGUUGAUAGACUAUGACCUGCAGAUUCUUUGGGGCACUCCAGGGCCACCUGCAGAGCUCUCACAAAGCCUCCACUCUCUGUUCCUGGAGGCUCAUGACUUCCCUGAAGCCUGGUAUCUUGAUCAGGAUCAUUUGGAGGAAGAAACAGCCAAAUUAUUCAAUCACAUAGAUCAAGCCAUUAAGAAGUUGAGAGAUGAUAAACCGUUACUUCUGGAAGAGAUUCGUGUCCACAAGCAGCUGUUUUCCGAGAGGCUGAACAAGAUAUCUGAGGAGCUGAAGGAGAAGGGUGAGAGGUGGGGCUGGGCCCUGCCCACCACCCAGCCCUCUACCUCCCUCAAGCCUGGAGGAGAGCAGAGUCAAAUCUGUGGCCCCCUCCCGGGUCCCUCCCCAUAA